CUCCGGCAGUAACAAUGAUCGGGGACAUCCUGCUGUUUGGGACGCUGUUGAUGAACGCCGGGGCGGUGCUCAACUUUAAGCUCCCCGCAGCUGGCUGCCUCGAACCACUCUCUCCACCCCGUCGGUGGCUGCAGGCAUGGCUGUGAUUGGCUGGGCAAGGGGUGGCCCAGGGAACAUCACUGAACUGCGCAAAAGAGGUCACACAGCAAACCAACGGAAAAAGAAGGACACGCAAGGCUUUGGGGAGGAGUCGAGGGAGCCCAGCACAGGUGACAACAUCCGGGAGUUCUUGCUGAGCCUCAGAUAUUUUCGAAUCUUCAUCGCCCUAUGGAAUGUCUUCAUGAUGUUCUGCAUGAUCGUGCUCUUUGGCUCCUGAGCUCCAGGUACAGAACCGGAAACACACCUUCUCAGAGUGUCUCUUCCUCCAUUCCUGACGACUUCAAGAAUGUUUCUGACCAGAAAACCGGUGACCUUCCCAGAAAGUCCAAGCUUGUGGUGGGUGGAAAAAAUGUUCACCAAGAUGAACAGUUUCCCAGCCACGUCACUGUUUUCUUUUCAAAGAUAUUUUCACUUUGAUCUCUGCCUUGAAAUGCUGUCUACUUAAAAGAGUUUGAAGAGUGUUUAUGUGAGGGACUGUGGUAUCUAGAUUGUUUAAUCAGAUCAGAAUCCCUCUUCUACCAAACUUUCACCCAUCUGGGUAUUUAUUGGUUUAUUUUUAAUAACCAUCCUUUUUCGGUUCAAAUUAUACAGAUUUUUAAAAAUCUUUUGUAUCCAGGGAUCUGAAGCAGAAAGGUUGGCUUUUAAGUUUGAUGUAGCCUCUUACUGGACUGCAUUUGUGAGGAAUGAACAAGUUCAUUGUUGCUGGGUCUGUGUCCAAAUUCCUUCCCCAUCCCAAUGGGCUCUGCUUGGCCACUCCAUGCUGCUGAGGUUGUCCCCAGGACUUGAAGGGUGAAGUGUUAUGGGUUCCUGUGGAAGAGAGGUGCAGAGCAGUUGGCAGGGCGGAUGGCGGUUUUAUGAGAAACUUUGCCUUGCCUUGAAGCCCUCUAUUAAAGUAACUUUUGGGGCCAUUAAUUGUAUAGUUUUUAGAAUGAGAGUGAUUUAUGUGGUGAUAUUGGGACCCAGUUCUGAAAGCUUGGGUUUUGGGGUCUGCUUUUCAAGUGGAUGAUUUCAAGGUUGAAAAACAAGCCUCAUUGGAGGAAAUACAGCAUUUUGCAUAGAAGCUUCUUUGAAAGGGAUUCCUGGUUUAAUCGCCAACAUGACCACUUGGGUGGUCAGUGCCUGGAUCCUACAGGUGUUUGAUUUGUUUGUUGUGGUUUUUGAAAUCCUAACUUGCAGGUAACCUGGUAGGAGGAAAGAAUAAAUAUGCAGGCUCUUAGAACUAAAGAGCAUUGAAAAUAAAGCUCAUUUCUAAAAAGGA